AUGUCCGGCAUUCUGAUUCCUCUGUCUGAGCGGCAGUCUCGACCAUCGCAGCGGAAUGUCUCAGACCCCUACAACCUGGCCAUACCUCCAAGAAGUCAGCGGCGCUCUACCUACCAACGCGCAGAUACACCGACACAAUACCUUGAUCCACCAGAUGAAGUGAAAGAAAAGAGAGGUACGCCGUACUUGGAGAUCCCAACAGCGACAAUUGUUGUUACCGAACGCCCGCGACCACGCACGCUGAACGGCAGUUCACAAUCCAUGAUAUUUCGCCACGAAAGCAAAUACGAUCCCAAGAGGUGGGAGAAGCCAAGGAAAAAGAUAAAUGACCGAGUGCUUGCAUUUGCAGUAACAUUCGGUCUCGCCGUACUCCUGGCAGUUGCAAUACCACUUGCAGUGAUUCUGCCACAAAAGUACAUUAAGCCAUUACCAAUCAAUGUACUGGUACCAUUCUUCGUGGACACAGUAAACGAUUCUUGGGAACGAUUAGAAGACGCCAUCAUCAAAUACCACGACAUACACUUCAGCGUCGUCGUCAAUCCGAAUGACGGGCCAGGCAAUGCCACAUGGCCAUCCGCCACGAUGAUAGAAUCUGUCCAACGCAUCAACAAGUUUGCCAACGUGCAGGUGCUUGGUUACAUCGAUACUGCCAACGGGACCAUGCUGAACGCAACCGUGCGAACUCAGAUCGCGACGUACGCAGGGUGGUCGAAUGUAACAGAAGACUUCGCGUUGGACGGCAUUUUCUUCGACCGAACACCGUGGAAGAAUGACGAUGAAGGCAAGGUGCAGGCUUAUUUGCGCAAUGUGAGCGCGACGGUCCGAACCGCCGAUGGCUGGGCCGACGGUCGGAAAGGCUUGGUCGUGCACAACGCUGGACAUAUACCAGAUGCGGACUUAAUGGAUGAGAAGCCUGAUAUUGUGGUUAUGUUUGAGGGCGCUUACGAUGAUAUGCCGGAAAGAGAAGCGCUGCAUGCGGAAUUAGCCGCAGCAAAAGGUGAAAGAGAGAGCUUCGCCAUGCUCGUGAACUCAGUGCCAAAAGACCUAGGACGAGGAGGACUACGAAGAAUUGUGGAAAGCGUUCGGAGGGAUGUGGAGUGGUUGUAUCUGACGAACUUGACGGAUAAUGUGUAUGCAGGGUACAGCUCGUUCUGGGAGCAGUGGCUUGAUGUUUCUUGGUAAUAUCUGAAGACAACGAAGGCACCUUUUCCAGGCUGUAAAAAAGCAUCAAAGCGUUCUUGUAAAAAGUUCCGACUAGGCACACCAGACUUCUUCGUGCAUGUGCCUGGUUGUCCGUGCUUAGUCAGCGGUUAAAGAGCGGGUGUACGAAAGGACACAUAAGCUCUUCCUUAGACGCGAAUGCAAGUAUGUCUAAC